AUACUGGCUGUGCUCCACAUGAUAUACUUGCUACUUCACAUGGCUCUUAUGGGUCUAUCUCGCAAAGCAGAAAGCACUAUUCUGAUCAACGCAUCAGCUGUUGGGGGCCUUCGCGAGGAGAGUAUCCGGACAGUACAGACUGUGCGUCUGUGAUCUCAGCAGGCGCGCGUGUACUACGCGCUGAACAAAGACCACGCAACGCUAUGGAUCCCAGCAGUUUCAGGGCGUGCGGCACGGCAGUUGCAUUUGAUACUAUAUGAGCCACCGAGCAGAGACGAGUAGUUGCACAACACCAUUGCAUCAAUCAAGAAACCAAUCUUCGAGCCACCACGAUACUCGCGCAAAGCAAAGCAUCAACAUGUGUCACUUCUGUCUUAGAGGCCGCCGUGAUCUUCACCUGGAAGAUCUGGCGCCUGUACCAGCUGCAGCUCGGCAGCCAGGUGGGACCCAACAGCCAGAGCAGCAACAGAUGACCAGAGCGGAAAUUCAAGCACACCUUCACGCCGUCGCAAAAUAUCUACACAGCAAGCGCCAGUACCUCAGAGUCGUCGGUGUCGGUGGUGUGAUUGCUACCUUGUCUCUGGGAACACGCAAUGCAACACAUGAUAUAGACAUCUUCUCCGACAGCAUUAGCCCAGAUCAGGCCAACUACCUCCGUGCCGCGGUACAAAAGGUUGCUAAGAAGUCAGGCUUGGAUCCACAUUGGCUCAACAAUCAGACCAUCCUCCACAUUCCGGUCGACCUUCGCGGACGUAUUCAGGAAGAUGCUGUCCGCCAAAAUUACGUUCUCUUCGACGAGCCUGGAUUGCAGGUGGUAGCCGCGCCAUGGCUAUACUCGUUCACCUCCAAGCUUCAUCGGAUCUCUGGAUCAGGAGCUGGUCCUUCGCGGCAAUAUGAUCCUCAAGAUGCUGCAAACUUCUUAGCCAAGUACCUUCAGGCUGUUCGAAGGCCUUCAAUCACAGUAUCAGAAGUGAAAGCGUGGAUGGAACGUUAUAAGAUUAGGAUAACAGACGAUUCGUGAGUAGAGCAUUGGGCACAAUCAAUGCCGCGGCUGGCCGCGCCAUUGUCACCAGUGGCUAGGCAAUGUUCGUUUCUGGAGUUGUAUCGCAAUGGGCGGGA